GCUUUAAGAGGCUGCUCCGCGGCAGCGAGCGGGGCCGGAGCCGCAGUCCGAGCGAGCAGAACUGAGCCGAGCCGGCAGGUGCACGGCUGCGGGGACGGCAACAGCAUGACCGGCCACCACGGCUGGGGCUACGGCCACAACGACGGCCCCUCACACUGGCACAAGCUGUAUCCCAUUGCCCGGGGAGACCGCCAGUCACCAAUCAAUAUCGUAUCCAGAAAGGCUGUGUACUCGCCCAGCCUGAGGACAUUGGAUCUUUCCUAUGAGUCCUGCACGUCCCUCAGCAUCGCCAACAAUGGCCACUCUGUCCAAGUGGACUUCAAUGACAGUGAUGACCGAAGUGUGGUGACUGGGGGCCCCCUGGAUGGGCCCUACCGGCUCAGGCAGCUCCAUUUCCACUGGGGCAAGAAGCACAGUGAGGGCUCAGAGCACACGGUGGACGGCAAGUCAUUCCCCAGCGAACUGCACCUGGUUCAUUGGAAUGCCAAGAAGUACAGCACCUUUGGGGAGGCGGCCUCAGCACCCGAUGGCCUGGCUGUGGUUGGUGUCUUCCUGGAGACGGGGGACGAGCACCCCAGCAUGAACCGUCUGACAGAUGCACUCUACAUGGUUCGGUUUAAGGGCACCAAGGCCCAGUUCAGCUGCUUCAACCCCAAGUACCUCCUGCCUGCCAGCCGGCACUACUGGACCUACCCUGGCUCCCUGACAACACCCCCACUGACCGAGAGUGUCACCUGGAUUGUGCUCCGGGAGCCCAUCAGCAUCUCUGAGAGGCAGAUGGAGAAAUUCCGGAGCCUGCUUUUCACCACAGAGGAAGAUGAGAGGAUCCACAUGGUGAACAACUUCCGGCCGCCACAGCCACUGAAGGGCCGUGUGGUCAAGGCCUCCUUCUGGGCCUGAGCUGCCUACCUGCCCAGCCGGCCACUGAAGCACCAUCUUCCCAAGGGCUUCCAUGUCAGCAGACACCAAACCAUCCAAGGCUCCCUGCCUAGGGCUGCUGUGGACCCCACUUCAGCUGGCUUGCUCCUUGGCCACCUGGAGGCUUCUCGAUGGGACCCUCAAGUCGGGGGACACCUUUCAGCUGCCCUGGGGACAGGAAGGACAGGAGCUGAGCAUGGUCCAAGCCUAAGGCUGCCUCUGCUCUCCAACACCCAAAGGCCCCUGGGAACCUCCUCUUGUCUUCCCCGCUGGCAAUGGCAGCAGCCCCACCCUGAGCUCACACUGUGAUGGAUGAGACCAAACUCUCCAGGGCAGGCAGCUGGCAUUGCCAGAAAGACUCAAGCAAUAAUUAGAAGUGGGCAGAGCUGCCCUCUCGGUGUUACCUCUUCUGCAGGCCUCCGCCAUGCACGCACCUCACUGCCAGGCCAUUAAAAUCAGGACCCAGCCUGCUGGAGGUGACAUGACCUUCUCCCUCCAGCCACCUGCCGCCAUAGGCAGGCACUGGCUACAGCUUACGGAGUAUCUCCCUUCGUCCCCACCCAGCCACCAAAGCCACCUACAUGACAGUCCAUCCAUGCACUGAUUAAUAAAUUCAUGCAUUCAUGCAACAAA